AUGGAAAAACUGAGAUUAUUCGGCCCCUUCCCAGCAGGGUUGAACAAUUGGUUUUUGCACUGGCCUAAAUCGGUAGGAAAGGCGGUUUUUUCUGAUUUGCUCUUCAUCCUCCCAUCACUUCUGAUUUGGGAAAUUUGGAAAGAAAGGAAUCGCAGAAUCUUCCAGGGUAAAGAUAUGGGCCCUCAGUCUCUUUGUGCGAAAAUUGAGAACCACCUAACUGAGCCCCUGAAUGUGGCGGCCCAAUCCAAAACACUUAAGAAAAAAUUGUUCAUGGAUUGGGAUUGUAAGAUUAAGAUGGCUCUUCCAAACCUACUCAUCCCUCCGAUUUUUGGUCUGGGCUCUCCGGUGGAUCAGACCAAUCCAAGAGCGGGGGUGAUUUGGGAUGCACCAGUGGUUGGGUGGAGAAAGGUAAACUUUGAUGGUGCUUCUGCAAGCAAUCCGGGCCAAAGUGGUAUUGGUUGCAUCCUGAGGGACUCUGAUGGUCUCUGUAUAAAAGAAAUCUCUGAAAAGAUUGGAGUGGCUACUAAUAAUGAAGUGGAAUUUAGAGCGGCAUUUAGAGGUCUUUAG